AUGCGUUCUGCGGCCACUAUUAUUGCUCAGCUCUUUGUGAUCUCUAUGGUGCCGCUUGCCUUCGCCGGCGGCCAAUUUGGAUUCGGUGGUGGCCUCGGUGGUGCAGUUGGAUAUCAAGGGUCUUUCGGCCCUUCAUUCGCCGCCACGUUCGCGCGUCAAGAGCAGUACUACCCACCUCAGCCGUACAGUUUCGGCUACGACAACGUGGACGAGUACGGAACGAAGUCUUUCCACAAGGAGCAGGGCGACGCCUCAAACACCAAGACAGGGACGUACGGAUACUCGGACGCCAACGGAAUCUUCCGCCAAGUGAAGUACAUCGCUGACGCCGGUGGAUUCCGUGCCAAGGUGGAUACCAACGAGCCUGGCACGGAGCCCGGAGCCAGCGCUGACGCAACGUACAACGCGAGGCCUCUUCCUGCUGGUCCGCAAUACCGUAUUAUCGGCGGCUCUUCGCGCCUAUCGGCUCCCUACACGAGUGCCUCCACUUACGGCUCCGGAUAUGGAGGUCCUUGGUCUGGCUAG